UUUGGAGCGAGGCGCCUUUAAAAGAACAGAGUGGUCCUAAUUGGGAGCGCUAUUUUAACGAAAGAGGGCCGGGGAGGGGAGGGGGGCAGUGUUUGCACUUGUCACGGCGACCGUACCUGGUGCAUGGAAAGGUCCAACCAGAGUAUGAAGAACGGACCUAAAAUGAUGUUAAUUGUCCCGUUUCUGGAGCUAGCUGUGUUUCUGUGUCCUGAAAUAACUGGAGGAGGACCUUUAUUUGCUCAUGCUAGCACUGCAACUGCCACAGGGACUGAACGUAGCGUGCUGACAGCGGCGUCCGGGGACACCUUUAGCACCACAGUUGGAAACAGUUUACCCGAAGGGAGUGUUCCGAGGCUACGCGCCCCUCUGCUCACUACGCCCGCCGCCAGCACGGCUACCUUGGCGGUGGGAUCCAACACGCCGCACAGCCCCGCGCUCACGACAACAUCGACAGCGUCGCUUCAUCCGCCGCUUGUAAAUCAAACGACCGCGGCGACUACUUUCACAACCAUGGGAUUACAGGAAACGAGUGUGGGAAGCGAAACAGCACCUUUGAAUCGAACGACUGUCACACCUGCUGUCACCUCGCGUGCGAGCGCCACAUCUGUCUUACCCGUGCCAGCGGAGCCCGAAAUACCAGAAGAUGUAUGCAACUGCAAUAGUUCAGGGAGCACAAACCAAUGCAACGAGACGACGGGCCAGUGCGAGUGUCUCGAAGGAUACGUUGGCCUGCACUGCACUGAAUGCGAGGAUGGCUUUUUCUCAAAUGAGACGAGUGAUAUCUGCUGGCCAUGCCUCUGCGAUACCACAGGAGCACUGGGUCCCAGCUGUAACAGCUCUGGUAUUUGCACUUGUAAACAAGGAGUCUAUGGCCCCAGGUGUGAUGAGUGUCGGCCGGGAUUCUUUCAUUUCAGCGAUACCGGAUGUCGACCGUGCGAGUGUAACAACCACUCUGAUCUGUGCCAGCCUCAGUCAGGUAUUUGUAUUAACUGCCAGGGUAACACCGAAGGACCCCAGUGUGAUAAAUGCAAGGAGAAUUCCUACAGGAGGCCCAAUGCCAGCCUUUCGGACGCCUGCGAUCUGUGCCCCUGCUCUACAGUGACGUCGACCGGGACUUGUCAUGUCGAUUCUUCUGGACAGCCUGUGUGUGAUCACUGCCGAGAUGGAUUCAAAGGAUCCAACUGCAAUGAAUGCAGCGAUGGGUAUUACAACUCGGACAGCAUAUGCAUGCCCUGUGAAUGCAAUGGAAAUGAGAAUCCCCUCAUAUCUCCUCGCAUCUGUAAUCCUGACAACGGCCAGUGUCUGAGCUGCAUUCGAAACACUACUGGUGACCACUGCGAAAAGUGUGCAGAAGGCUAUGCUGGAGAUGCCCAUGCAGGGAACUGCACUAAAAUUGUUACAACCACCACUUCUACAACUACCACUGCUCAAUUAACCACCAUGUCAACAAAAUCCAUCACUAACUUCACGACUCUGUUGACGAGCACCACUCAGAUCAUCUUGACCACUCCGCCCAGCUCCAUGCAGAACACUACCACGUCAGCCAGUGAGGUAUCAUGGACACAAUUUAAUAUCAUCAUUCUCGCAGUGAUCAUCGUUGUGGUGGUGGUUCUUAUGGCUUUUGUGGGCGGAGUCUACAUGUACCGGGAGUACCAGAACCGCAAGCUAAAUGCUCCUUUCUGGACCAUCGAGCUCAAAGAGGACAACAUUAGCUUCAGCAGUUACCAUGAUAGUAUCCCUAAUGCUGAUGUCUCUGGAUUACUGGAAGAUGAUGGGAAUGAGGUAGCACCGAAUGGACAACUCUCUCUUAGCGCCCCAAUCAACAUGUAUAAAGCCUGAACCUCCGCGGAAUGGGUGUUUCAGCAUGGUAAUAACUACAUUUAGGGGCUGGAAGAAAGUGUUUGUAGAACUAAUUUAUUUUCUAGCACAACAGACGUAAAGCCCCAAAUGUUUGUUUGAUGCACAAAAUGAAAAUGUUCUCUGGGAGAACUGGAAACCUCAUGCAACAACAAGAAAGUGAGAUUACCUCACACAUGAUGGAAAACAGAAGAAAGGGCCCAUGCAAAUACCGAGCACUUUGUCUAGUAAUAGAGUGUAAGCAAAUGCCCUGAAAGAUGAGCAGCGCUGCUCACACAAAUGUUGAUCAUUUGCCUGGAUAAAGUUUUAAAUAAACAGGGAAACAUCAGGGACAUUACCAUUUUGUAACAACACAAACUAGUUGAGGACAGGAAUUAAGAUAUUUAGUGGACUUUUCUAUUAUACUAAACUGGAAGACCUAUGACAGAUACACCUGAUGUGUGCUAGUGAACAAAUAUUAUUUUAAAGGAUAAAAGUCAUUCAAAUAGCAUCUCUUCCAGAGAAUGGAAAGGUCACUUCUGUCCAUGAAAUUAAAAACCAAGAAAAAACAGACAUUAUGGCUGCUUUCCCCUUCGACUAUGUUCCAUGGGUGAGCACCCAGAUGCAUCUGGCUCCAGGUACAGAGAAUGGGGAGUCUACGUGCUUAUUUCAUUAUUAUUAUUUACACUAAAUGCCAGUGUGACUGUGCACGAGUGCAACAUGUAAAGUAGAAACUGUGGAAAAGCAAAAAGAAACAAAUUUAUUAAGAGAGUUGGCAAUAAAAAAAUCCUCUAGUAAUAAUUGUGACAUGUAUGCUUUAUGCAGAUUAUCUACAAUAUGUCAUUGACAGCUUAUGAAACAUUUUUGGUUUUCUCUCAUCUGGGACUAAAAUGACAAGUGUUGGUGAAAGGGGUGGGUGUUGGGGGUGUGUAUGUGUUUUUUAUAUUUAAUAUAUAAACACAUGGGCAUAUUGGUGUAGGGCUAUUUAAAUCUAUAAUGACCAGCAGGUGGCACUAUUAAGCAGUUCGGCAAGUAAGUCUAGAUGGCGCAAGUGUAGGCUGCUGUAUUUGUAUGUGACAAUGAAAAAGCCAGCUAACAGCGGACCCUACAGGUCUGCCAAGGAGAUAGAGAGCAUGUUAGUCCUGCUUUGUUGUAGACCCAUUUUUUCUUUCUUCAUCUUAUAGCCGCCUUCUUUUCAGAAGUGCAGUAUAGUAAUACUCCCCUCAGCAAUUUCAAGUCUAUCAGGCAGAGGGUCAGUGAUGUCCGGUUUGCUGCUUGUGACCUGUCGUGGUUCCCACCCUUGAAUAACUUGCAGCAUUAAAAGUAAUUAGUAGAAGUGGCACAUUGAGAUUUUGCAGGGUGGGCCGUAUAUUGGAAUUAAAUGUCUGUAGAUGUGUGUGGCCUUAGUUUAAUCUUAACUGGACUACUUAAAGAUUUUUAUUUCUAUUUUUGCCAAUGUUUUUUGAACAAUGUGUAAUUACACACAUUCAUUCUUCGACAUAGGAACCGUUUAAGUUACCAUGCUGCUUGAAAUUUUGUUUUAAUAUUAAGUAAGUGUGCAAAGGAGAAUAUAAUUUAGAACCUUGAAAUGUCUCAGGAGCUUCUCCUUGAUGCAGGAAUAGCUCCAAAAAAACAAACAUGACACCUAGCAGGCUUUGCAAAAGGAAAUACAGCUGAAUUACACUUGGACAUGUACAAUGACACUUACCUGCGUCACCUUUAUGCUUCAUUUUCUACGUAUUCUAGAUUCUUAACUAGAAUUAAGGACGUGGUGACCCAGAUGAAGACUCUAGUGGCAAAACUUGCAUAUGUGUUGGUUUCCUGUUUCCAUAGAAACAUGCAGUAGCAUCUUGAGCUUUCUCGUCUUGUGGAGGGGUUUCUACAUACUGUACCGUGAACUGACCUCUGUUGUCACUUGAAUAUAACAUGACUAGUUAAAAAGAAUGAUGCUGCUCCUACUGUGGAGAGGAUUAGCCUGAAGUUUUAACUCUGAAAUGUUUUAUCCUCAGAAGUGAAUGCGCACAUACAGUACAUAUAAAGCAGGAUGUGAGGAAAUGACUAAUUGGAGGUGUUAGCUAAAGUGGAAAGCGUACACGGCUUGAGUGCAUGUUUCACUAUGACUCUACCAGCUUGUACUCUCCAAAGCUGGCAACACAUGAUUAAAAUGAGUGACCUAAUUACAAGAAAAACAUAGCAUUUAUACAACAAAAAAAAAACAAAGACAAAAAAUGUAGGUAAUGCCAUAACACACAAAGCGGGUGACACAAAUAAAAAUUGUACAAAGAUAACCUGAAAGGCCAAAUGACGGAAAUAAAUGAAGGUUUAAUGUGUUUGUAUUUUCAAUUAAAAAUAAAUAAUACUUUUUGGAUGUUUUUUUUUUUUUUUCUCCUCAGAGCUUUGUUGUGUUUUCAAAUGUCUGCUACAAAUGGGGAAGCUGUUGAGGAGAAAAAACUUACAAGAACAAAGCACAUGGUUUUAAUGAUGUCUUUAUUUCUCAAACUAUUUUUCAUUCUAAAUCCCUUCUAUUUCAUUUUUACUACUUAAUGUCUUAAAGUUGUUUGUUUUUCCUCUCUUAUGACUAAAUUAAAACUUAGCAGUUCUGUUCUCUCCAGUUGCUGGUAUCGCCCUCUGAAUGUGUUUGAAAACUGAUUACUUGGUUCUGUUGCCACCCACCAGUUACAUCUUGAAAUCUGAGUGUCUUUUUUUUAAGACUGCUGGUGUUUGCCAUAAUCUUUAAGUAAUAAAGUUUAAAUAUGUGA